GGUUGAAACUGUGAUUCAGAACGGGUUGCGCCAGUUCCAACCUAGGUUCAAAAACGAAUUCGACAUAAGUCACGUUAAAGAGCUUCCAAUUGUUGAUGUAAAAUUGAUUAUUCAACAAAAUGAAAAAACCGAUGAGCCGGGAGGACGAUCAGACAACGAAGAGUACAGCGAGAUUGGAGAAUUUCUUUUGGACAACAGAUUUACUGGCCACUUACAAGACCAGCAUGAUAUACACCACAAGGUGCUGCCUCCAAACAAAAAGGAGUCAAAAGAGUGGUGCAAGCUCAAAGAAAAUGGAUCGAAUAGACAUGACGAUGUGACAAAAAGUAAAGACAGACUAUUCAAAUGCGACAUAUGCUCUAAGACGUACAAGUACAAUCGAACCUUGUACGCCCACAAGAGGUUUACACAUGGAGCAAAAGAACAUUUUUGUCCCAUUUGCGAAAAACCAAUCGCUUUUAGGCAUCAGAUUGAACGGCAUAUGCGAACGCAUAAUCCCAUUCACGAACGCCAAGAGGAAAUCACUGGCGAUACGUUCAAGUGUGACGUGUGUCAAAAAGCGUUCAGCAACAAAAAUGCUUUAGGCAAUCACAAGAUUUACGUUCACGGACCGAGGAAGUACAAGUGCGAAAUUUGCGGGUUUGCCUUCCGAGUACGAUGCAGAUUGAUGAAGCAUAUGCAGGGACACGAACGAAAGAGACAGAAGAGUCAACCACAGAACACAUCUCGGGAAAUUUAUGAGGACAUUUCCUUCAAACCUGAUCAAGCGGAACAUUCAGAUAACAACCUCCAACCUUCAAAGGAACUUGCCAAAUUGAGUUCUAUAAGAUCUUCUCAGCGGAUUGAAAAGAAACAGUCGCGCAAUUAUCAACUUGAUAAGUCUGGAAGAAACUGUUCGAAGAAAAGCAUCAACGGAAAUCGUCAGAUUCGUAGGACCCAUUCCUGCUCGAAAUGCGACAAACAAUUCACAUCAGAAGCGAAACUGAAGCAGCAUGCCAGGGCAAAGCAUCUGGAGGACAACACAAAGAAUGAACAUCUUGAACUAGAUGGUGAAGCGUCCAACGUGGUAGAUGGUACUUGGUCGGAGGAAGAGGAAGUCAUUAUCAAGUUCGAAGUAGAAGAGAUAAAACUUGAGCCAGAAUGAAAUGAAUAACAAAAAUGCAGCCCCAAUUUGCAGUUAGUAUUUUUGAUGUAUCUUUUUCACAGAUUAGAAAGAUUUCACCAUCUAAUUGAUUAUCGCACGUGACUGUAACAAUGUAUUAUUGCUAGAAUUUCUUAAAAUACCUUCGUAAAAUAUCUUAGUAAGUUUUUUUAUCUCUUCAGGUAUAAUGACACAAGAUACGCCUUAAAUCCACCAUAGAAAAAGAUAGAAUGCUACUUUACCUAUUGACUUCACAGUAUUAAAAUCAGUCCAAGAAUUUCAAAA